AGAUUAGCUAGUGGUCAAUAUUUGUACCCAUAAUUAAAAAUAAGAAAAAUUAUCAAUUGCAUCUUCCAUUUAUUUUUGAACAAUAUUUGCAUUCAUGUCUCAUACAUUGCGAAUAACGUAUUUUCAUCGUAUAAAUUUUUGUAUAAUCAAAAUAGUUCAAUUUUUUAAUCUUCAUUUAAUUAUUUUCUGCAAAAUUUAAAUUAGAGAUCGUUUAGUUAUUUGAAUGUUUCAAAUAAAUAUAUAGACUAGGGUUCAUGAAUAUAUUAUUUGGUACUCACACUGCCUAUUUGUUCCACAUAUCUGGAUGCAUAAACAAUAUUUGAUCUGAAAUUUUUUUUGUAGAAAUAAUUUUCAAAUGUAGAAUAAGAAUUUUGAUUAUAAAAUAUAUAUGGUGAAGAUAUGUUAAUUGCAAGGGUUUGAAGUAUUAUCCUUUCUAGUUUUUAGAAUUUAAAGCCAGUGUAUGUGUUGCCUCCUUACCUAAAACUCAUAGAAUUUCCAUGUAAUCACCUGUCAUAGAUCUAUGGUUGCAGGUGGUGAAGAACAAAUGCUUCAAGGUCCAUGCUCGAUCACAAAAUAUGACAACUACAGAAAAAGGGAAGAUAGCUGGAUGAUCGUGAAUGAAGAUGAUGGUCAUGAUGAUAUGUACGACACCACAUCCUCGACGUCGAUUUCGAAUAGAUCAUCGACGUCUUCAUCGGACUUAGUAGAUUAUGCAGCAUCAUCAUCAACAUCAUCAUCGUGUUCUUCUUCCUUGCAUUCGCAUGGAUCGUUGUUCGACUUGUCAGAUCUCAUGUCUCACCUACCCAUCAAGAAAGGACUUUCAAAGUACUUUGAAGGCAAGUGCCAAUCCUUUACAUCUUUCUCAAAGGUCAAGAGCGUUGAAGAUCUUGUAAAGAAAGAGUUACCAUAUAAUCAAAGAAAGGCACUAAAAGCAAGCAAGAGCUAUGGCGGUGGCUUGGGUUCUUAUCGACCGUACACACUUCCGAAGGCCGCCAUUUCUAAGAGUAACAAGGCAUCGACUACCUCAUCUUUUCCGAGCAGAUCAAGAAGCAACUCUUUUGGUAAUAAUAAUGCUACAAUCCCCCCAAUUCCAAUAAGAAAGAAGUUUUAACGUAUCGUACGUGCGCCGGUCUGCAUGUAAAGUUGUAAACUACACAAUGUAAUGUAUACUUGUUAAUAUUUCUUUUUUUUUUUUUUUUUUUACCUUGGGUGGAAGUAUAUACUAGUUAAUAUUUUGAACCUCCUGAAGUUGAUCUAGCUACUGGCUUUUACACAGACAAAACGGAUAUUAUAUUUGUUCUUCA